AUGGAGAUAUUGAUGUUAUGGAUGAAAUUGGAAGGGAUUUUGGGAAUUGAAGAUGAUGAAAGGUUGUCAAGUGAUAACAUGUAUGGUCUAGUUGGUUGGGAUUUUAUGGACUCAGAGGAGUAUCCAACUGUUGAAGAUGAAGAAGGAUCAGAAAUGUUUAGGUUUGAUGAUAGCAGAAGCAGUUUCUUUGAGUUUGAAGACAGCCAUUAUAGUACUGGUAAGGUUAUAAAGGAAGAGAGUCUUGGAUUUUGGGAUGGAGAUGAGAAGAGAGUGUCUUUGAACUUGAACUUGAAUUAUCAAGAGGUCUUGGAUGCAUGGUCUGAUCGUGGGUCACUUUUGGCCGAUGAUUACUCUCUUUCCAUGGAAAGCACUUGCUAUUAUAAGGGAGAGGUGCCGGUGAUGGAAGAAGAUAGGACAAGAAGGGAAGCGAGUGUGCUUAGAUACAAAGAGAAGCGCCAGACUAGACUGUUCUCUAAGAAGAUAAGAUAUCCAGUAUCAAGUAACCAUCUAGGUGGUCUAUAA